CACACGAUCAAAUGCGAGCUAUGCUCGACCAGUUAAUGGGCACCGGACGAAAUGGUGAGAAUAACAAAUUUCAAGUGAAAUACUCCGAUUCGAAGGUGUGCAAGAGUUUUUUGCUGGCUUGCUGUCCCCAUGAAAUCCUUUCGUCGACGUUCUAUUUCCAGAGUCUCUGGAAAAAGCAAUUCCAAUCAGAUCCAUUGUACAAUAUUGUUGCGAGUAUUGUCCGCUCAUAUGUCCGUGUUGUACUUGUCACUCUCACACGCGCGUUACUGUAAGUACUGAAAACUGAAAAGACGUACGUAUUACAUCUACAAUUUGAUUACCUUUUUACCAUAAGUCAAGUAUUAGAUAUACAUACACACAUAUAUGCAUAUCUAUAUAUCAAUAUCUAUAUAUAUAUUAAUUCGAUAUAUGAGACAUAAAGGCGGGCGGGCUUUACUUCAGCCCCUCUACCGAUUUUUCUACACGGUGGUGAGGCUGAGUAAUGCCGAAUGAUAAAUUCCCAGACCCCCCGAAAAGGCCUGUAAACAGUGAGUCGGUGAGUAGCGUCAUGCUGAUUCAUGAGACGAUGUCUUAAUGUCGCUUCUUACUAAUAAUGCCGUUUACGGCAGGUAGGAAUAAGAGAAGUUUACUUUGAGAAUGUGUGUGAGAAAAAAAAUAUAUCAUCCUGUGGAAGUAAUGGGUGCAGGAAAUGAAGCAGUGAUAUCUGUAAGUAAGAUUUGCGAAUUGCCAAGAACCCACUCGCGUUACUAUCAAUUUCUCUUCGCGCGAGUUUUUCUCGCAUCCGAAAUAAAAAAAAAAAAAAAAAUAUUCCCAUCUCGCGCUUUCGCGUUGCAAAGAUAUGAACAAGAAACAAGUAUGUCCGUUUCCGCAAAUUAACUCGUAAUGAACAUUUUUUUCAUUCAUUUACAUUGCUUAAAUCUUAUCGAUUUAUCCGCUUAAAAAUUGCUAUUCAAUAUUUGUGUAAAUUUUUAAAUGAGAUGUAGAUAUAUUUUUUUUUAAUUAUGAAACGCGCAAUGUGUAUAAAUAAAACGUAAUUCUCAUCGAAUUAAAAGAAUGUUCCUCGGGUAUCGUCUGGCGAUAUUUAACUUUGGCAAUUUGCAACACUCAAACGUGUCGACAAGAGAAAAUGCGAGAGGUAGCAUGACGCAGAGAGAUUAGGUGGAGAUUAGUACAACAAGUGCCAGAUCCAUUAGAAAAAUUUCCUACAACCAUUGGAUGUGUACGUAUUGAAUCAGUUUCUAUUCUAAAAAUUCGUUUAGCAGCCAAUAAGACGUAAGACACGAUUCUCGUGUAACGUACGUAAAAUAGUAUAUUAAACCAUUAUAGGCUGUAAGUUCUCUUUCGUAGAAAAAAAAGUGAACAUUAUAAAACUUAAAAGAUGUGUGCUGAUUAUAGCUUCAUUGCCGUCGCAUUCUCGUGUCAGGCGGAGAACUGUUGCCACCCUGUAAGUGAAAACAACAAACUAUUUAUCUGUAAAACAAAAAACUGCAUUUUCUACUUUAUAAUACGCGAUCGAAUGACGAUUGGAUCGCUUUAUUAUUGUACAUUCUAUCCUAGCUCGUGCAGGAAGACGAACUGACGUCUCUCCGUGAAUUCACGUAAAAUGAGAAAAACUAAAAAAAAAAAAAAACCUAUUGGGACCGUCUUAUCCUAAGGAUACAGGCGAUAUAAGCUCUCAGAAUUUUUAUCAUGUAUCAUCUUUAUCUCUCUCCUAGAUUAUCGAUUCAUGCUAAUUUUCAGUCGCGAUACCGCGACCAAGUACGUUAUAUAUAUAUAUAUAUAUACAUAUUCUUGUCAAGUAUACUCGUUCAAAACAAACUUGGGAAGAAAAGGGUCUAAACUCUCGUAUAAUACGCAUAGAAUCGAUAAGACCCGCAUACACGAUCGAAAGAAAUGUAAUCUAAUACAUACUGAUUUGUGUAAAUCGUAGCGCAUGGACCUGGGAGAAUGCCCCCAGAUUCACGAUUUGGCCUUACGGGCUGACUACGAGGCGGCGCAAAAGAAGAGGGAUCACUUUUACGACAUUGAUGCAAUGGAGCAUCUUCAAAAUUUUAUUGCCGACUGCGACCGCCGUACAGAACAAGCCAAGCAGCGGUUGGCGGAGACGCAGGAGGAGCUGAGCGCGGAGGUGGCAGCGAAAGCGAAUAAUGUCCAUGUGCUCGCCGAGGAAAUUGGUAAGAAACUAGCCAAGGCCGAACAGCUUGGCGAGGAAGGUUUUGUCGAGGAGUCGAUGAAGCUGAUGGGCGAGAUUGACGAGUUGCGUAAGAAGAAGAACGAAGCGGAGCAAGAGUAUCGAAACAGUAUGCCGGCAUCAAGUUACCAGCAACAAAAGCUAAGAGUGUGUGAAGUGUGUAGCGCCUAUCUUGGCAUACACGAUAACGAUAGACGACUGGCAGAUCAUUUCGGCGGAAAGUUGCAUCUCGGCUUCAUCAAGAUCCGCGAAAAGCUCGCCGAGCUUCAGAAGACCGUCGAGGACAGGCGUAAGGAAAAGCGGGAGUCUAUGCUCGACAGGAGACGGGACAGAGACAGGGAUGACCGUGACAAGGAUCGUGAUAGAGAUCGGAACCGUGGAGGAUUGGGCUAUAGAGAUCGCGAGCGUGACCGUGAGCGCGACCGUGACCGUGAUCGCGAGCGCGAUCGGGAUCGUGAUCGCGAACGCGAUCGUGAGCGUGAUCGCGAUCGGGAGCGCAGAGACAGGGAUAAGAAAAAAUCACGAUCUCGUAGCCGCAGUCGUGGAAAAAGAUCAAAACGUUCUCGCAGUGGUAGUCACAGCCGUCGAUCUCGUUCUCGCCGUAGUGGAUCUAAUGACCGUAAGAGAUAAGAGACGGUAUAAAAAUUAUGCUCAAUCAUUUAUUUUCUCUCCUAUACGCGCACUUUCGUGAGUACGAAUUAUCGCGAUGGACAGUCAUCUAUAGCAAACGUGAUGCUCUGUAUUGACGUAAACUUUGUACAUUACUCGUCAUCUAAUUGAUAUUGAUACUUUCUAUUUAUGCAGAAUCUACUCUUAUAUUAAAAUUUAUCUUAAACUUUGUUUAAAUACUAAUCUAUGUAUUAUCUCUAUAUAUUUUGAAUUUUAAAAUAGUUUUAAUCUAUUGUAAAUAAGAAUUAGAUUAGGCUAAGUAUGAUUUGUAUUGAUACAGUUGUUAUAUGUUUAACAUAUACUUGAGCAUAUGUAAUAAUAGUGAUGAUAUAAAUAA